ACCGUUCUAUAAUGCUACAAAAUAAGGUAUUGUAGCGGAAUUUUGAAAAAUGGCGGACGAUCCAAACCGAGACGUUUUACCUGUAAGAGAGCAUUCCUAUGUGGAUACUUCUCGUACCAGUAUAGGGACCGGCAUCUGGUGUAUAAGCUCGAUCGUUAUGAACUGGAGGACAAAUAUUUACGGCUACUCGAAGAAGUAAGAAGUUUGAAGAAACUGUCAAAUUGUCAGGAGGAUAAGAUCAAACGAUUGUCGACGAAGCUAAUGAGAGUAACUGCCAGUCCAAGGAUAUCUAACGUUGCUUUGGAUGUUUAUGAUGAUAAGAAUAGAAUAAUCACCCUUGAACUCGAGAACACCAAGGUGAAACUGACAUCUUCUUUUUAUUAAAAGUAACUUUAAUGUUCAAACGAGUAAUGUAGUUGAGAAGAUAAUUGAUAAAAAAAGUUUGCUUCCUUUCAUUCUCAGUAAGACAAAAUAUUUCUCAUGUACAUAUGGUAUUAUAUCAUUCAAGUCUUUGAUGCUUCAUUUAAUGUUUAGUAAUCAUAAAAGGUAAAUAUGAAAUCAUCUACUACUAAUCAAAUAAGUGUUGAAAUCGAUUUUCCAGCUAAAAGAUAAAAUCUCAGUGUUGAGAAAUCAAUUGCUGAAUCACAAGAUUAUUGGUAGAUCAUCAUCAAGGAGUCAUAAUUCCCAAGCGAGGCAGUCGUCCGGGCGCAUAACGUGUCGAAGCGAAAGCAGCCACUACAAGAUACCGUCUUGUCACUACAUCACCGAGACCGGAGAUGACGACGACGAUGAGCAAAAUAAUCUCGAGAAAGACGAGAUAUUCGAUGCAGAAAAGAAGGAGAUGGCCAGCCGGAUAGCUGAAUUGGAGAAAGAAUUGUCAUCUUAUACAGUCAGCAAUCAAAGGGCAAAGGUUGCUGAGAACAUCGAGUACAUAAAAGUCUGGCGACAAAUGAAGCUGCUGAACGAUAAACUAAUAGCCGCCGAGGCGGCGAACAAGUCGUUGAACACGCAAAUAGCCGAUCUGAAGUGGAAGUUCGAGGAGGCGACGAAGUACUCUCAACCUCUCUCACGAUUUUCUCUUAUGCACCAAUGUAACUACGCACCACUCAAUGAACUCUGUGAACUGUGUUCAGUUGUUGUAUUAAAAAUUUAUUGUUUCCCCAUCCUUUAUAUGUUUCACUCUGUUAAAGUUAAUAUGUAUUUACAAAAUUGUUCCCGUUAUACUCUGCUAAUAAAUGUACUCUCUUAUGAACCUGCAAUUAGGACGAACGACGAGCUUGCUACAUCACUCGCGGUAGAAAGAAGACGGUUGACAGAGAUGGACGUGCAAUUGUUGAAGACGAAGGAGUCAUCGUUUUCGUUGCGGGAAAAAGACGAGCAAAUAAACGAUCUGAUGAGCGAAAUAAAGAUACUGCAACAGCAUAAUAGCGAACUCGUUGACCUUACCUCUAACCGUGGAGAGGUCGACCAGGAAAACAUAGAACUGAAGAAGAAAGUCUCGAAGCAGCUUCGGGAUGAAGAAUCGUUAAAAAACACUUUCAAUAGCGAACAAACCAACAUCAUAGCUCUUCAAGCUGCAAAUGAACAGUUACUUGGGAAACUUCAAGAGCUUCAGAAGAACAUAGAUACUUUAACGGUACAGUUUAUGUCUUUCCAGACUCAGACCGAAAAACAGCAAGCGUCGAAGUCAACGCAGAUAUCAAGAAAGCAAACCGAUAUGAAGAGCCCGCAAACGCCUUAUAAAGUAGAGCCGUACAAGAACGCUUCGAGCCAAAUGGAGAAAUGCAGAAAAUGCUUCGAAACUUUUGAAAAAAUAUUGCUAUUGGAAGAAUGUAUUUGUGAACCUCGAGGGAACAUCAGUCCGAUGGAUAAAUCUGUUCAAACAGAAUUUGUAACUCGUUCGGGUAUCGUGAAUACGAAGGAUCAAGAGACGGUCAUGACACCUCUUAAAGAGAAACGAACAGAAGAAGAGCCCGUGAAGGAACUUGUGAAGAAGAAUGCCGAACAAAUGUCGACGGGGAAUCCUCUGACGCCGGAGAAGAUGUUGAAGCUUUUAGAGCAAGCUCAAAUUAAUACUUCUUCGGAUCCAAUGAAAUUCGUACCGAAAAAUAUGACCAACAGGGUCGCCUACAAUUUAAUGGAGUUAAACCAGAGACACAGCGAUACAGAAAUGCUUGUUCAAGCGAACCAAGCAAGUCAAGUUCUUCAACCCAGAUACCAUCAGCAGAAAAGCAAUAUCGGCACAAAUCCGCAAAACACUUAUCAAUCCUUGGAGAACCAAUUUACGGAUCCCAAUAAAAUAUUGUUUAUUUUAUUCAAUAUCCUUCAAGGAUAUUCCCAGACACAUGCGGGAAGCAGCGAAGCUACCUUGUAUCGUCGAAUUUCAACACCUGAUUACCAAUUUGCAAAAGACAUCAAUAACAACGCCGCAAAGAAAAGUCCUAGUACAAAAUGCACAAGUACUUCUUUAGAAUUUGUUGCUGCGAACAAGAGUGACACAUCCAAUGCUCUACGAGGUGGUUGCAGUAAUAGAAGGUCCUGUUUAAAUCCUUACACCAAACUACGACCGGAGAAGCUGAGAAGAAAAAUAGUUUGGGACCCGAAGAAAUGCAAUCAAGUCACUAAAUCAGAUGAGACCAACAACUGUACUUGCAACAACUUUAUCAAAUGCAACAUUAAUUCCAAUUGUAAUCAACAGUGUUGCAACAACGGUUCUUCGAAAUCAAUCGCCCAAGACCCCACCAACGGUGCGAGCAAAUCUCUUAAAACCACCAUGGACAAUUCAAACGUGGAUCAAUCUCCGCGUGGUCUGAACGUGACGUUCCAAUCACGUAUUUUACAGGAUGGCGAUGGAACAAAGCCCCGCAAAGCUUGGGAAGAACAAAAGUAUUCGCAGGAGAGCAAUGAAAGGUUGGACGAUGAUAAGUCGUUGCGGGAAUACAUUGUGCAGCUGAACAAAUACAAGGCCGUUGUUAACCAGAGUUCAUCGUUGAGCGUCCAAACUGAGUGUCCAGACUUCAAUGAUGUACCUGAAACUCAGAGAACGGCAUCCUUUUGUAGUCUGAAUUGUCCAAACGAGUGUAUCGACGCUUUGAGUUCCCUGUCCGAUCCGUUCCCCUUGGUGAUCCCCGAGGGACAGGGACUUCUGGAGCUUCACAUCAUGUCUCUCCAACUCUCAACGUCUGCAAAGCAGAUUCUUUUUCGCGAGAAAGAUAUCAGCAACGUCCAGUUGUUCGUGAGUUGGGACAUAUGGAACCAAGAAACGACUUACACGCCUACCCAGAAGUGUCCCAAGCUGAACUUCAAUUCAUCCUUUGUCUAUCGAAUCUCAGAUCUCUCCUCUUUCUUCAACUACGUUCUGAUGGAGGUGGUGAUAUUCCAGGUGAACGUAUACCACGAGGACAAGGACAGUUACACGGUGGCUAGAGGGAAGCUCUGCAUCAAGGAUAUACUCGAUUAUCCGCAAAACAAGCUUCAUUACAUCGCUCCGGUGAACAGCGUGAUUUCUUGCUCGCUAGGCAUGACCUUUGGCCAAUUGUCCCUGUGGGUCAGGCUUAGCUGCGACGUCGAGAAGGUGUAUAAAUUCAAGAAGACACGAGGAAUAGUCACCGAGGAUCACACCGUUUCUGUUAAAAGUCCAGUUGAUUCGAAGAAACCUACCAUUGAGAAGCCGGUAAGAGUUGGUAUGCCAGUCGGGGAUGAUCUGACUGUAUUGAAGGACACGGAUUCAAACGCUCGUCUGAUCUACGAACCGUCCAAGGAAAUAUUCUCUAAUUAUCAGAACGAAGAGGACCUAAAUGAAUCGAGUGACACGACUGAUGCCCCUGACAACAAUAAUAAUAACGCGGGGAAAACUUUUACCAAAAUCCCUUUGACCGUGGUGAAGGAGAGCGAGGACGAACCCCAUUUUCACUCUAGCUUUGAAAAUGCAAAUCAGGCCAUGAAAGUUGAAAAAUCAACCAAGGUGGAUGACAAAGUAAAACCUGCGAAAGUAGAUCAAAAAGUAGAUACGUCGAAAAAGGUGUUGAACCGGGAUUUCGAAGAAAGUGUGAUGUCAGUAAAAGCCAUGGGGAUUGGAAGAACAGUAGCAGAAACAGAUUCCGGGAGCCACAGAUCAAGCGUGGAAGAGUUUAAUGCCGUCAUCUCGAAGAGCCGUGGAGUUGUCCAGGAGAAACAGGGCGACACGACUCGGGAAGGCUCCGAUGAGUCGAUCUCCGAAUUAACGAACGUGAUUUCGGAGAAAAACUGGGAGGAGUACAAGCAACGAAGUUUGCUCACAUUUGUUAAUACGUUUAAACCUGAUAACGGAACCGCUGAAACACCCAGCGUGGCCGGAUUGGCCAACGACGGCAUACGAGCCUCGAUUUCAGUCCCUUUGUCUCCGCAACACGAUACUGACACGAUAGCCAUCGAUAUCCUGAACAUGAUCCUUUUCCCGAAGAGUUCCGUCGUACAAAACGAUGAAAUUCACCUGCUUUACAUCGAGUACUCUUUUCUUGGUUAUUCCGGUGCUGAUAUGGAAACGAUGUCGGUGCAAAAACCGCGACCACCGGAUACGAAACUCACGUAUAAUUUCAGGAGAAAGUUUCACGUGGACGAGGAGACACAUUCGAAGCAGAACAACAUGCUACGAGCGAUGUUAGGCGACACUAUCAACCCCAACAUAAGAUUCAUCGUCGUCUCCGAGCCUCUUCCGGAGGAAACUGAAACAAAGGAGUGCGUAGAAGUGGGGUUCGCUAACUUCAAUUUAAAAGAAUACGCAUUUGGGGAGAGCGAGAAAGUCGUAACGAUUCAGGUGCACAGUCCAGACGGUAGUGAACAAAUUGGUCUGCUAAAGAUCUUCGUGUCGGGUUUGGAUACUAUCCGCCAGCGUCUCAGAAGACGAGAAUCUAAUUUAUAAUCAGUUAUCGAGAAAAACGUCCUGUCUAUAUUUCUGUGUCCGUUGUAAAAAUGUGAUCUUAGUGAAAUUAUUAAUUUAGUGAACGUCCGACGAAUAAUUGAUUUCAAUGUAAAAUAUAGAGAUUAAAAUUUGCAUAGUAUAAAA